AUGAACCCGUUCAGUGCUUGUAUUAAACAACAACCGAUUCGUUUAUCAGCUGAAGACGAAGGGGAGGAACACGACGACCAUCACCAUCACCACCACUCAACACGCCAUCGGAAUUGUGGGCUGGGUUGGCCAUUCACGACAUGUCUUCUUGGAACAACAGGACGCAUCCGAUUGCCUGAUGAUGCAGCAGCAGACGAUCUCCUGGAUGAUUAUUUGGAUCCAAAUACGACCGUUGGUAUUGAACCACUACUUGCACAACAUGCCAUCCCCGACAACCAAGGUGAAGACGAUGAUGAUGAUGAUGAAGACGACGACAACAACAAUAAGCCAUUCAUGAAACAUGACAUGUUUAAUGAGCCACAUCGCUUCUUAUCUCGAAAUCCUUUUGCUACAACUUCAUCUUCCUCGGGUAUACUGGGAUCUACCGACUUUUAUGAUGAGGAUGCGCAAUUUCUUUCGGAUCGUCGGAUAUCGGAUGUGCUGGAGCAAAACCAAGAGGAUGAUGGCAAGGAGGAAAAAGAGGAUAACGGCAUGGAUAAGGAUGAGGAAUUUGGGCAGGAACUAGUGGAUGUGGUGCGUCCUCCUCAAAGUACCAAAGAACUUGACGAUUGGACACAAAUGGAUCAAAAAGAGGAUAAAGAGAUGGCUGAUACUACCAACACCACCACACAUGCAGCAGAAUCCAGUCUUCAAAAUACAACAACAUCGACAUUUGUGGCGACCAGUAUCCAACCAACGACUCGUACGACAUCUCUUACUGCCAAGGAAGAAUCUACUACAACUACUACUCCCAUCAGCAAUAACGACUUUCCUAUUCUUGGCCUACCACGUACGCAAGUGGUUGCUCCAACACCUAUCCCAGCAGCAACAGCACUAAACAAACCUGCAACAACAACAACAGCGGAGGAUGAAGCAUUAUUACUACCGCCACCAUCACCUCCCACUCCCGUUCCCGAGACUACCGUUACAACCGACGAUUUGCUUCCCUUGGAAACAGAGCAACAACAACAUCCCUUGGAUACGCAACAACAACAACAACCAGUUAUUCCAUUGACUGAAUCGACAGCUCAAAAGUCACCUGUUGUACUACCAGCAGAUGCUACGUAUUCUCAAGUGGAUGAUGGUAACAGCAACAAUAACAAGAGGACAUCAGUGGCUGCCACCAUGGCUCAAUCCAUUCUUGGUGAUCGAUUGGAAGAUUUUACAGAGAAGCUGGCCUUCAUUAAAAAGAAUAUUAUCAUGAGCCUUGAGGAUGAGGAGAACAUGGAUGAAGAGGAUCGUGUACUCAAACCAUCCUUUUCAGAAACGAAUCGACGAAGAACAUCAUUUGAUCCAUUGGUAAAACCAACACGAGAACGAAGUACACCACCGGUCAUGCAGCAACAACAACAACAGCGACAGCAUAAACGUAGUAGUUCCUUGAUGGAUGUUGCCUCUCCUGCUAUUGCCCGUUUUCUUAAUCAAAUGAGUGGUGAAGGCAAUGGUGAAGACCGUGGUGGAUCCUUUUCACCUUCUUCCUUUUUCGCAUCCCUCGCUGCACCCGAGAGCCAUGAAUCAUCAGAUAAUAAUACCGAAGCCAAACGCCAUGAUCCAUUGCUAGCAAGACAACGGCCUCCACGAGUUGCUUCGCCAUCCAUUUUACCUCUACAAGAAGAAGAUGAGGAAGGUCAAGAUGAUGAAGAAGAAUUGUUUGAUUUCAACAAAAUGUUCACACUGGGCAAGAGCGUGUUUAAUGAUGUCGCUAAUCGGGUCAAGAAUGCUAACAAGCAGCAACAACAGCAACAACAACAACAACAGGCUGAUGAACAAGGCAAUGACAAUUGGAUCAUUGAUCGUCAAGCAUGGAUAUAG